AUGAGUCUCGCUGACCCGAAGUGGAAGUUCUGUAUCGUCUCAUCACUUCUUCAGGGUGGCGCAUUUGUCAAACAAUCCGGACGCUGCUUGUGGCAUCCCAUGAUCGCCGCAGCCCAAGCCGGAACCGAGGACAUUGUAUCGCUGCUGCUGAAGUACGGUGCUCUGACGAAUGUCGAGGACUACAACGGCAGCACACCUCUGGAGGCUGCUAUAAUCUAUGGCUAUGCACGCAUUGCGCAGCUUCUCAUCGAUCACGGCGCCAAUGUACAGCGUAAGGACAAGGACGGAUCCACGCCUCUCAUCCAGGCAACCAAACAUUGCAGGUCUCGUAUCGUCUGGCUCCUGCUGGACAAAAAAGCAAAUGCUGACGAGCAGGACUCGAGUGGUUCAACUGCGCUACAUUACUCU